AUGUCUCUCCAGGACCUUAUCCCCGUGGUAAAUAAGCUCCAGGACAUCGUAACCACCACCCAGUUGGCUGACAUCGAUUUGCCCUUGUUAGCGGUGGUGGGUUCCCAGUCUUGUGGUAAAUCCUCUGUGUUGGAGAAUAUCGUGGGCAAAGACUUCUUGCCUCGAGGCACAGGCAUCGUCACCCGUAGACCUUUGGUGUUGCAGCUUAUCAACAUCAAGAAGGAUGACCCUAUAGUGCGCAAUUACAACCCAACUGACUUGGCUGAUGCCAACAACGGGUACUCUCUGUCUUCUGACGAAAUCAACUUGGAAGACCAUCUCAGACAACACGCCAACGGCUCCGCUAAUGGCUACGCACGCUCCACCUCGUCGUUUAAUGAUGAGCCCACCGAGUGGGGUGAGUUUUUGCAUAUUCCAAACAAGAGGUUCUACAAUUUCCAUGCUAUCCGUGAUGAGAUCGCUCGUGAAACUUCCAGAAUCGCAGGCCGUAACAAGGGAAUCUCCAGAUUGCCCAUUAACCUCAAAAUCUACUCGGACCGCGUGUUGAACUUGACUUUGGUGGACUUGCCCGGCCUUACAAAGAUCCCAAUCGGCGACCAACCCACUGAUAUUGAGAAGCAAACUAGAACCUUGAUUUUGGAAUACAUCUCUAAGCCAAAUUGCAUUAUAUUGGCAGUUUCUCCCGCCAACGUCGAUUUGGUUAACUCGGAGUCCUUGAAAUUGGCCAGACAGGUGGAUCCAACUGGCAAGAGAACGGUAGGUGUGUUGUCCAAGAUCGACUUGAUGGACCAGGGCACCAACGCCGUGGACAUCUUAAAAGGCAAUGUUUACCCAUUGAAGUUGGGUUUUAUUGGUGUUGUCAACCGCUCGCAACAGGAUAUCCUGGAGAACAAGUCGUUGGAUGACUCUUUGUAUGCUGAGCAGCAGUUUUUCCAGACCCAUGCAGCAUACCGGGCCAUGGCCAGCAAAUGUGGAACUCGUUACUUGACGUUGACGUUGAACAAGAUCUUGAUGAACCACAUCCGUGAGCGUUUGCCUGACAUCAAGGCAAAGUUGAACACUUUGAUGGGCCAGACAGAGCAAGAGUUGGCUUCAUACGGCGACUUCCCAUCGUUGUCCGACUCUACUGAAAGCAGAGCUGCGCUCAUAUUGAACUUGAUGACCAAAUUCGCUAACAGUUUCGUGAAUUCCGUGGACGGAACCACUUUUGACGAUGUCUCCAUCAAGGAGUUGUGUGGUGGUGCUAGAAUUUACUUAAUCUACAAUGAGGUGUUCGGUUCGCAAUUGGCCUCCAUUAACCCCACCCACAACUUGUCUGUGAAGGACAUCCGAACCGCUAUCCGUAACUCUUCCGGUCCCAGACCAUCAUUAUUUGUUCCAGAGUUGGCCUUUGACUUGUUGGUCAAGCCUCAGGUCAAAUUGCUCGAAGAACCAUCUCGUGGAUGUGUGGAGUUGGUGUAUGAGGAAUUGAUGAAGAUUGUCCACAGUAUUUGCAAUUCCGGAUCCACAGUGGAGAUGAACAGAUACCCAAGAUUGCAGGCCAAACUCAUGGAGGUGGUUUCGGACUUGUUAAGAGAGAGACUUGGUCCUACCAUCAAGUAUGUUGAGUCUUUGAUUGAAAUCCAACAGGCAUACAUCAAUACGAACCAUCCAAACUUCCUUGGUGCUGCAGAAGCCAUGGCUCUCGUGGUUGAAGAGAGACGCAAGCUGAGGGAGAAAGAGCUGAACUCCAAGUUGAAAUUGGCUACUCACAGAAUUCUCAGCAAGCUGAUGGUGAAAGAAGAGGAAAUUAUGGAAGAGGUCGCAGCCAGGGAGCUUGAUGUUAGCCAGAUUGAUGAUGAGGCCAAACCAACUCACAAGAGAAGCGACUCGGGCAAGACCAUUCGUUCCGCAAUGUCGGAUGCUACCCAGCACACGCAGGAAUCGUACUUCAACUAUUUCUUCGGGAAGGAUCCGGUAAUGCACCAACAGCACAUGCAAGCCCAAGCACAGUUGCACCCAACACCAUUUAAGUUCCCACAUUCGCAGGAGCCAACGUUGCAGUUCAAUAGCAACUUUGUGCACAACGUCAACCAUGAGAUGAAAGGAAUGAGCCUCGAUGAUCAAAUGUCGUCUAACGGAUACUCCUCCAAUGCCAACGGUCACUCGAACGAUGACUUCAUUGGACACCAAGAGCCAGACGUGGAUGACAACAUCAGUGAUUUGAGCGAGAGAGAGCAAUUGGAGUGCGAGUUGAUCAGACGGUUGAUUGUGUCUUACUUUGGCAUAGUGAGAGAGAUUAUCCAGGACCAGGUUCCAAAGGCAAUCAUGUGUUUGUUGGUGAACUACAUCAAGAACCACAUUCAAAACAGGCUUGUGGUGAAGUUGUAUAACGAAAAACUCUUUGACGAGUUGCUCCAAGAAGACGAGAACAUCCAGGCAGAGAGAGACAAAUGUCUCAAUUUGUUGAAGACUUACAGGGAGGCUUCCAGAAUCAUCAGCGAUGUCGUUUGA